AUGACAACUUACAUCAGCCCUCUUAUUCAAAAUGAAAUUAUUUCUACGUGCAAUGAUAUAAUUUUGAAGAAACUUGUUCGUAAAGUCAAUGAGGCGAAAUAUUUCUCCGUGUUGGCUGACGAAACUAGUGAUAUUUCAGCUACAGAACAAUGUUCAAUAUGUGUGCGCUAUGUCGACAGUGAAAAUGAAGUAUGCGAAGACUUUUUACAAUUCACACCAAUUACGGACCUUACUGGAAAGGGCAUUGCUAACACUUUGAUUGAAUCGCUUAAAAAAUUUGGCCUGAAUUGCGAAAAUAUGGUUGGUCAAGGAUAUGAUGGGGCUGCGGUAAUGAGCGGAAAAUUCAAUGGCGCUCAAAAGUUCUUGAACGAAAAGUACAAUCUGGCAAUAUAUGUGCACUGCGCCUCACAUAGCUUGAACCUGGCCAUAUCGGAUGCGUGUGAUUUACCUGCUAUUCGCAACUGCAUGGGAGUUAUAUCUAACAUACAUACCUUUUUUAAUACGCCGAAACGUCUUGCAGUUUUACAAUCUGUAAUUGAAUGUACGUUGCCAGAGGCGGCUGCUACACGUUUAAAAAGGCUGUGUGCUACUAGAUGGGUAGAACGCCAUGAAUCAGUUAUAGUGUUUAUCGAACUACAAAAGGCAACACACUGUGCUUUGCAAAAAAUUUCUGAAUGGCCCGAUAAGAACUCAUCUUCAACCGCACUGCAAUUAUUAGGGGCGAUGGAGAAAACAGAAUUCCAAGUUUCUCUACAAGUAGUAGCUAAAGUGUUUGCUGUUACCCUUCCUUUGUGCCGUAUGUUGCAAAUGAAAAAUUUGGACUUAGGAGCAGCUAUAAAAUUGGCGACCGACGUCAAUAACAUAAUACGAAAGUUUCGAGAAAACGCAACAGAAGAAUUCUCGUCACUUUUCCAAAACGUUAAAUAG